CUGGUCUUUUCUGCUUCGGGAUCCAGGGCCCGGCCGCGCGACCUUGGCGUGCCAAACCCUGGGCAAAUGCUGGACAUCCUUCGGGACAUCUUCCCGCUCACUCUACAGCAACCUCUGUGCUACCCGCCUGCCCGGCUGGGAGCUCGAGCGGAGCGCGCUUCACUGAGAGGAGAGUUGUCUCUUAUCAAUUGGGAAUGUAGAGGCGGUUUGAGGCCUAAAGGUCGCUGCGAGUGUGUGACGUCACGUCGCUUGUUUCGUGUCUUCUUUGUUAGCCUUGCUACCCACGCUUGCUAACUCAAACAAAGCAUACCCAAUAAACAGGCUCGUCUGCACUGAUCCGGGAUUAUGGCAUCUGUAUUGCCGCACACAUGCCCUUGUGAAUUCUUAACGAUGCUGAACUAACGUUGAAAUCACGUUGCAGGGACGUGACGUCAACUCCGCAACCAACAUCCGGCACGCGCUGGUGGAAAUGCUGCUGGGGCACAAGCGACCUGCAUCGCUGCAGACUGGCGGCGGCGGCGGCGGCGGCGGCGGCGGCGGCGGCGGCGGCGGCGGCGGCGGCAGCGGCGGCGGCGGCAGCGGCGGCGGCGGCGGCGGCAGCGGCGGCGGCGGCGGCGGCAGCGGCAGCGGCGGCGGCGGCGGCAGCGGCAGCGGCGGCGGCGCGUGCGCGCAUCUUGGUAGCGGAGGGGGCGGGAAAGGCCACGUGGAGGAGGAGAGCGCAGCGCCGCCCAAGAAGCGGCGCAAGCGCGCAGUCUGAGGAGCCGGCUGGUGUCUAGGCAGCGGUCCGCGGUGGGGCUGGCAGGGCAUGCGUAGCGGCGUGACAAGUAGUGCGGCUGUUGACAACUGUGCUACGUCUGGCUGCGGUUGGCUCUGCUGUGGCAUCGCGAUUGCUAGGCACCUGGUUUGGCUAUGUGCCUGUGGAAACCGACCCCGGCUAUGUCCGGGCGAUGAGGUUGUUCGGCCUCAGAGAGUGGAGGGGCUCAGCCCCUUUUCCCGUGACCGGGGAACACUUAUCCCCUAAUUCUUCCCCGGCAGGCCACAGAAUGUUAUUGAAUGACACUGGGGAGGAAUCCAUAUGCGCGCAGCCUGAUGGUGAACAUAGCAGACACCCGGAUAGAGGCCUGAGACGUGCAAUCAACGGGGGGGGGGGACGGGUAGGGGCGGGGUUCCUCGAGGGGCUCAGGUUGUUAUCCUUGCAACGGGUGUUGUGCCCGGGAAACGGACUUG